AUUUAAAUAAAUUCCAGCUAUUUACUGGAAGGCUAAAUACUGAAUCUGAAGCUUUAAAUACUUUUUUCACAUGAUGAGAAGACAGGAUUCAUCAGAAAAGACUCUAAUGUUGGGGAAGAUUGCAGACCAAAGGAAAAGGGGACUGUGGAGGAUGAGAUAGAGUGUAUCAUGGAAACACCACAUAUUUAGAUAGAUUUUGAGAGCUAGGUGAAGAUAGAAGAGCCUGAGUAUGCUAUGUUCAUGGGCUGAUGAAGAGUUAAACAUGACUGAACAACAACCUUCCAUCUUAGAAUUAAGACCAGAGACCUAUUCCCUUCUUUCCACCCUGACACAGUGACCAGGGCCCUUCCUUCCCUGUGGAUGCAUGUAUUUUUGCUCAACCUCAUCUUGCACUGCCUAUGGACAAUACAAUAGAGUCCUGAACCCUGCAACAGCAAAAGGUACCCUGAAAUCUCCAUCCACCUGGUUGUCCAACCCUGCCACCACACAUGGGUAAGAGCUCCUGAAACUGCCACCAAUGCAGCCAUCACCAAGGUAUUCCACUGUGGGGAUGCCCACCUGAGUUUGCACUAUGUUCCAGGACAGAUUCCCAUUCCCAUGGGAAAGAACUUUCCUGCCUGUCUCUAAGUUGUCUUGGGUUGAAAAAUUGUUUCACCUGACACUUUGUUGCUUCUGCCCUUCCAGUAUUCUAUUUGAGAAAUUAUUUUAGAAGUUUUUGGAGAGGAAUUUGGGAGAGCUCAGCUGAGUGCUUUUCUACUUCAUCUUUUUUUUUUCCUCUUUCAGAUAAUAGUUCCUAGAAUUCAUCAAAACUGACUUUGUUUUUUUGUGGGCUUUUUUUUUCUUUUUGGUUGUUUAUUUUUAAUACACAUUUCUUUAUGAAUCAUGUUGGGAGAGAAAAAUCAGAGUAAAGGGGAAAAACAAUGGGAGAGAUUAACCUGACUUUUUAAAGUCAACUCAAUUCAAAGUUCUGGUUUAGAAUCAGAGGACCAGAUCUGAAUUCCAAUUCUGCAAUUUACUACUUGUGUGAUCUUGAGUUAUUUGGGCCCGUUUCCUUAUGUGUAAAAUCGAUCAAUAAAUAUUUAUUAAGUGCUUACUUUUUAACAAAAUAAUCACACCUCUAGCACCUAAUUUAUCAUUAUUAACAAUUAAUCUUUCAGUAUUAUUCAAAUCAUUUAGCAAAUCCUGUCUUCAAUUUCCUCACCUGUAAAAUUUAUUAGAGUGACUUGUGGUAUGAUUUGUGAUUUAAACCACAUGAAUACUAGAGAUAUCCUAGGAUCUUAAAACCAAAGACUGGCGGAUAGACUAAACCGGGCCGUCUUUCUUCGAUUCCUCCUUCCCUUUCCAAAAAAAGACCACCCACCAUCAAGGAGGCACCGAAGAACAACUCGCGUCCUCGCGAGGCGGAAGACUGUCCCACACUCUUAAUCUGGAACCUUUGCGAAGAAGGUGCUUGUUUACUGGAGGGACCGGAAAGGGAAGGACCAGAAAGGUACAAGAACACCGGCGAUGUGGGGACUGAGGGCCGUGAGGGGUCGUGGCUGGGGCCUAGUUGGGGUCCGCAGCGCAGGCCGAGGGACCGACCGUCCUUGGGCAACAGGAUUAGAAGGAAAGCAAACCAACAGGACUCUGCUCAUAACACCUUGGCUAUUCAAUGAUAAAGGAAUCAUGUGUUUAAAAUCUAACAAUAUAACUGUUGCCUACUCAGAUAAUAUGAAAACUUACAGAUAUAUUGGAAUGAGAUUGCAUAGCACUUCAACAACAGUGGAUCCAAAUGAGAUGAAAACAUUUCAGGCCCUGGCAUACAAAUGGUGGGAUGAGCAAGGAGAAUAUGCACCUCUUCAUUCUAUGAAUGAUUUAAGGGUGCCAUUUAUUAGAGAUAACCUUUUGAAAAUGAUUACUAAUCAUCACUUGGAAAGUCCAUUGUCUGGAAUGAAGAUUCUAGAUGUUGGCUGUGGAGGUGGACUGUUAUGUGAACCUCUAGGGCGACUAGGAGCUUUGGUUACUGGAAUUGAUCCUUUGAAUGAGAAUAUUAAAACAGCACAACAGCACAAAUCAUUUGAUCCAAUCCUGGACAAGAGAAUCCAGUACAAAGCAUGUUCCCUGGAGGACAUUGUAGAAGAUACUGCAGAAACUUUCGAUGCUGUUGUAGCUUCAGAGGUUGUGGAGCAUGUGAAUGAUUUGGAAACCUUUAUUCAGUGCUGCUGCCAAGUAUUAAAACCUGGAGGCUCUUUGUUCCUAACUACAAUCAACAAAACACACCUUUCCUAUGCUUUAGGAAUUAUUUUUGCUGAACAAAUUGCAGGCAUUGUACCCAAAGGAACUCAUACCUGGGAGAAAUUUGUUUCACCAGAAGAAUUAGAGAGCCUUUUAGAAUCAAAUGGUCUUUUGGUCCAGACAAUAACAGGGAUGCUGUACAAUCCUUUCUCAGGCUACUGGAGAUGGACUGAACAUACCAACCUUAAUUAUGCAGCUCAUGCCAUAAAAUCUAGUGCAAAAGUGGAAACUGAAGAGCAUCAUACUAAAGCUCCUGGCAUAGAUGGCCAGGAGGCAUCUCAGAAAUGAAUCAUUUCUAUAUAUUUUAGUAAUAUUACUUGCUAUUCUAAUGUUUUAAAAUAUGAAAACCUGUAAAAAAUUAACUUUCUAGAAAGAUCAUGGAGGAAAAGAACAAAAAACACAAGAAAAAAUUAUUUUCAAAAUUAUAGCCCUGUUUUAUUAAUACUAAAAUCUUAGCUUUACUAAAGUAGUAUAUGUAAACUGCAGGGCUUUCUUCAAGUUGGCAUGUCUUCUCCCCUAUUAUCUGUAUUUACUCUAAAUUUUUCAUCUUGUAGAAAUGUUAUUAUCAAAUCUUGUCUUUAUUUUUAAUUUUUUAAAAGGUAUUAUAUUUCUCUUUAUCUUAGUUUUAAAUUGUCAUGCAACUUAAUAGUAAGAUUUCAUAGAUUUCUCAGAGUAUAUUUUUUAUGUGAGAUAUAUUUGAAAAUAGGUGGAUGUUUUUUCUAGUCCAUUGCAGCUACUUCUUGGGGCCUAUAGAUUUUUUAAAUUUUAUUUUAACUUUUUUCAAUGAAUAAAAAAAAAAAAUUAUUUGCUCUCCUCACAUUUCUGUCUUAUUGGGAAAAAAAAGAAAAGACAAAGUCUUUGUAACAAACAUGCAUAGAAAAGCAAAACAAAUUUCUCCAUUGACCAUGUUCAAAAAUUAUGUUUGAAUUUUUGCUCUUAAUCCAUGAAUUCUCUAUAAGGUAGUAUGUAUUGUUCUUGAGUCUUUCAAUUUGCUUGUCUUCACAGUGUUGUUGUUUUAUAUAAAAUGUUCUGAUUCUGCUCA